AAGGCGACAAACGAAGUGUUGAGGAUUCAUACUAGUAAGUCCUCUACUUCCACAUAGCAUCUGUAGAAUUCAGCGAGACGACCAUGGGCCUAAUGCGUUACAAAUCAGCGAAGCUCUUACUUCGAGUGUUGGUGGUUGUGUUUGGUGCUUCUCUUGUACUUCAUUCAUUUUUUUUCAAAAGUGAUGACUAUUGGCAGCAUACUCUUGAGAAACAAGCUCUAGAAAUGAACAAAGUAUCCAAAUUCCAACCUCGUGCCCCCGUCCACGAAGUUUUAUCAUUCAUAGAGGAAAUCCAAAAAGACCCUAAGGGCACAUACAAACUUGGUAGUUUGGAAAAAGGGAUAGCAUUUCAUUGGGAUGAUUGGAUGGAUUUGACCACUGGUGACGCUCUCUUGGACAAGUAUAGAACAGAGCUCCCCAUGGGCCAAUGUGAUGCUGUUCUUGACAAUUAUUGUUCGGUAAACCCUUAUUGGAUGGAACUGUACAAGACUAAAGUUCUUCGUCAAGCAGUGUAUGCAUACUGUAAAGCCGCUCUUCCUGACAGAGUGGUUGUAACCACCGAUUCUCAUUAUGUGCAUGUUCCAGUCAACUCAGAAAAGAGCCAACGUCUUGGAUAUGGGCACACAUCACAUCCACAGGAAGAUGUAAUUCUUGGAAUGGAAAAAAUCCAAGCUAAGAGUAAAGACAGUAAAAAUUUCAAGACUCACCCUAUUGUGAGGCUCCAAAGAGAGGUUGAAGUCCCAAUGGAAGACUUCACCUACUCUCCAGAACAAGAAAUGGUGAAACUUCAAAUGAAGAUGGGCGGCCAUAAGAGCACUGACAAGAAAGACAAUGAUAAUGACGACGUUGACUUGCAGAAAUUGACCCGCAAGGAACAAGAAUACUUCCAUAUGUUGAGAUAUGCCAACACACAUGCUGAUACAGCUGAUAAAUUUUUCAAAUACCCCUGGAUUUAUUCCGAUCUCUUCAAAGGUCAAGCCCAUCAUUUAUCGGCUCCCUUCUUCAAGAGAUUCAUUUCUGAUCGUGAAAGAGAAAGUGUUAUCCAUCAUAUGAUCCGUGCAUGGUUUGAAUUUGCAGAAGCCCACGAAAUUGUCACCUGGAUCAAUUAUGGAUCCCUUUUGGGGUGGGUGUAUAACGGGGUGAACAUGCCCUGGGACACCGAUGUAGACAUUCAAAUUCCAAUUGCUCAAUUAUCCAAAUUGGAACAAGAUUACAACCGAACUUUAGUACUUGAAAACCCUCGUUAUGGGAAUGCCAAGUAUUAUCUUGAAGUGAACCCAUUUUACAUUAGACAAGGUAAUGGAAAGAACUUUAUCGAUGCCAGAUUCAUUGAAGUGAACUCUGGUCUUUACAUUGAUUUUUCUGUAUUAUCCAAAUCUAUUUACGAACCACCAGCGGAACUUUUUGAAGGAUUAGAGGAAAAGGAAAAAAAUAAGGCCAUUGCACUUAAUUGUAAGAAUUUCAAUUGGCAACUUUACCAAGAGAUUCUCCCUCUCAAGUAUACCACUUUUGAAGGUGGAGCAUCUUAUAUCCCACAUAAGAUCUCACUGAUUCUCGAUAGGAAAUAUGGCCAUGCAUCUUACACAUCAAAACUCCGUUUCAUGAACCAUAAUUACCAACAAGAUAUCAACAUGUGGGUCCCAGACAGAAUUUGCAAGGCAUCACCUUCGGACACUAAUAGAUUUGUAAGUGAGAAGGAUCACUCUAAACUUAGUCUUGAAGGAGCAUGUAAUAGUGUCUUGUUACAGGAUGAAUAUGAAAUCAUUUAUCAGUCUGCGCAAAGACACAUCAAUAUGGAGUCUAAACUUGACUCUCCAGUUGAUUAUGAUAUUAAAACUACGCAACCUCUACCAAUUCUCCGAAAAGAUGCCUGGGAAUACUACAAUGAUAUCAAUAACCAGUAUGUCGACAAUGACAGAUGGUUCAUAAAACACACCAUUUCAUCUUUAUAGAGAGAAAAAAAAAUAACUAAUGAAAAUGACCCAUCGUAACCAAAGUGUAUACUCUAAUGAAAUAAUA